CUCCAUUCCAUAGAGGGAAUCACCGGUGUCAAGAGAUUAUUAAGCAACGUGAUGCCUUAGCUUUCAAAGGCAGAGCAGAGUCGAAUAUAGAUCCCUACAUUUCACCAGCACGUGUUGGUGCUCGGUAUCCAUUGUUCAUGGUCACGGAAGGAGACGAACAACCGCCGUCAUUCGAUGAGGGGUCGACAUCAAUCAACUACCAGCUAGUUCUACAGAACGUAGCCAAUCAGGCUCUGAUUGGCUACCAAAUUUGGACCGGAGGGACUGGAUUCAGAUUGCUUUCCGACCAAGCACAUUUUGGCCCGGGAGCAAUCAUCUUUGGCGUUGCCGGUUUGAUUCCUUUGCUUCAGCUAUCGCGAGCUAUCGAAACAUCCGAAUCGCCAUUUGUUUCCGGCUUAAAUUUGUCUACCAAUAUGGCUGUUUUGCGAAUAUUUGGACCGAGGAAAAAACCAAUAAUGGCGUUUUUGGUCUCCCUCUUGCUCGCGACAUCGACCGGAAUUGUUGAGGAAACCGUAUUUCGUGGGCAAGGUGGGUUUUCCUGGUGAAAGAAAACACAUAUUUUUCUGAUUUGGCACUAUCACUCACUAUUAAUAUAUAUCUGUUGCUCAAAUCUAUAGCUCUUCCAGGAUUUGCAAAUGCCUACGGCAAUGGCGACAUUUUUACUGGAGCAUUACUUUCGACUUUGCUGUUUGCAGUACUUCAUACGAACCCUCUUGGUUUUUUCAAGGGCAAAGAUUCAUUCAUCGAUAAUUUCUCACUGUUGAUUUUGCAAAUCAUUAACGGAGGAACGUUUUGUACUUUGUAUCUUUUAACAGGGAAUUUAGCCGUGCCAAUCAUAACGCACGCACUUUAUGAUUUCUACACGUUCUACAAGACCCAUCUUGUUGACGUAGCUGGCCAAAUGACUUACGCAGAAGAAGAGGCACUAAUGCCAAUUUGCUCCUCGAAUGGAGUGGAAGACAAAUGGAUCCAGAAACGUGGUGAAGAUUGGUUGAAGGAUGCAAAGCAGUCCUUCUAUCUCAUGGACACGAACCGUGAUGGAGAACUGUCGCGAAAGGAAUUGCGUAUAGCACUUUAUUCGUAUGGAAUAACUCUUUCCAAAAUUCAAAGCGAAGAAGUUGAGCAAGCUGCAGACAUCGAUCAAAGUGGAACUAUUGAUUUUGAUGAAUAUUUGGAAUUCAUUGGACCUACUGGUAGUAGAUACAAGGCAAUCCGAAAUACUCUUCUUUGAGAAAGGUACCCACACCUUCUAAUGGAAGGAAGCGUUGUGAAAACAUAUCCAGACAUGAUCCUGCAAUCUUAAUUUGGAGAAUGCUUGUCCAAUCAAAAUGUUAAACGACU